AUGAGUUGGUCAGGAAUAAAAAAAAAUUUAGGACGUACUGGAACUAAGUUUUCACAAAAAAUUGGUACAAUCGAAAAAACGAUUGAUAAAGAAUUUGAAGAAGAACAACGUCGUUUUAAAAGUUUUGAGUCCAAAACAGAAAAAUUACAUAAAGAAACUAAAGGAUAUCUGGAAUCCUUGCGUGCUAUGAAUAGUGCACAAGUACGUAUUUCGGACACCAUUGAACACUUUUAUGAGGAAUCAUCUGAAAAUGCAAUGAUUGGAAAGAAGUAUAAAGAAGCUUUUGAUAUUUUAGAACGAGAUUGUAAAUCUUGCUUGGUUAGUUUUUGGAUUGAAACCGUGUCUGAACCUAUUGCUCGUCUUUGUUCUUAUUUUCCUCACGUAAAUGAUAAUAUUAAAAAACGAGAAAAAAAAUUAUUAGAUUCUGAUGCGCAUCGGGCAAAAGUUCAAAAGUUGGUUUAUAAGUCUUCGUCUGAAGAUCAAACAAAAUUAGCAAGAGCCGAAGAAGCAGCAAAUACUGCACGAGAACUUUAUGAAUCAUUGAAUAAUCAAUUAGUAAAUGAAUUGCCUAGAUUCAUUGAUCUUAGAGUUCCUUAUAUAGAUCCCACAUUUGAAGCUUUAGUAAAAAUUCAACUUAAAUUUUGUCGAGAGAAUCAUGAUAAAUUAAGUUCAUUACAAAAUUAUUUCCCUCCUAAUGAUUCUCCAGUAGAUAGUAAAGUGGAAGAAGUUUUACAAAAAAUGAGGGAUUUGGCUAUUUGUGGAAUGGGAUAA